AUGUGGCUGGGCUCACUCAAGGGCAAGUGGCUCACCGCCGGUAUCACUCUGAACAGUGGAAUUGCUUUUCUCCUUUUCGGCUACGAUCAAGGUGUCUUUGGCGGUCUUCUGGGCAAUCCCUUGUUCUUGAAGACCUUCAAGUAUCCUAACGCGACCAUCCAGGGACAGAUCGUGUCGACGUACGACAUAGGAUGUAUCCUCGGAGCCAUGGCGACCAUUUUCAUUGGCGACAAACUGGGGCGACGAAAGAUGAUCGGGUUAUCUUGUCUCACGGUCAUCAUUGGAGGCACCAUUCAAGCAUCGUCCUAUUCUCUCGGCCAGAUGAUCGUCGGCCGCAUUAUCGCAGGCUUAGGUAUCGGCUCAAACUCCGGCGUCAUUCCUAUGUGGCAAAGUGAGACCUGCGAAGCAAAGCAGCGAGGCAAAUUGAUCGCCCUCCAGCUCGCGAUCGUCAUCUCUGGCAUCUCCCUGACCAACUGGAUGAACCUAGGCUUCUCCUAUGUGCAGGACAACCCGGUCAGCUGGCGGGGCCCACUGGCAUUCCAAGCCUUCUUUGCCGUCGUUGCGAUCGCCAUGCUCUUUUUUAUGCCAGAAUCCCCCCGCUGGCUAUGUAUGAAGGACCGUCACGAAGAGGCUCGUUAUGUCAUCAGUCGUCUUCAGGCCAGAGACAUCAGCAGCCCCGAAGUCUCAAAGGCUUUCCAAUUGAUUGUCGACACGGUAGCCCACGAGAAAUCAGCAUCCAAAGUCAGCUGGAGGGAGGUCUUCUCGAAUGGAGAACAGCAAACCUUCCGCCGCAUUAGCCUCGGUGCCGGAUGCAGUUUAAUGCAACAGAUGGGAGGAAUCAAUGUCGUGGUGUACUACAUGCCGGUUGUCUUGACCCAGUCCUUUGGUUUCUCGGACCGCACAGCGUUGAUCAUGUCAGCUUGCGAUUUCAUCUCUCUCGUGAUCUGGGGACUCCUCAUGUGUUUCUUCAUCGACCGCGCGGGACGGAAGAAAAUGAUGCUCUUUGGCGCUUUCGGCCAAGGGGUUUGUUUCUCCAUCACUGCGGCAGGCUUGGGCGUGGGCUCCAAGGCAUCAAGUGGUGUUGCCGUGGCUUUCAUCUUCCUCUACCACCUUUUUUUUGGGCUGUCAUUCUUGUCGAUCCCGUUCAUGUAUCCCUCCGAAGUGAACAGCAACCGAAUGCGUAAUACAGGCACCUCUAUCGCUAUGAUGGUCCAAUGGUUGUUCGUUUAUGUCGUGGUCUUGAUCACUCCCACGGGGAUUGCAAAUAUUGGCUGGAGAUUCUACAUUAUCUUUGGCGCACUCAAUCUCGCGUGGGUGCCAUUUAUUUGGUACUUCUACGUCGAGACCGCGGGAUUGACCCUGGAGGAGAUUGACAAGAUGUUCGAAAACAAAUAUCAUGGAGGCAAGAACAUGUCGUGGAAAGAGGCGACAUGCCUUGCUCGUGAGGAAAUCGCUGCCCAGCGCACCCAAAUCUCAGUUAAGGUCGCCGGUGGUGACAAUAAGGUUGUCAUCCAGCACGAAGAGUAUACAAAAAGUGGGCUCUGA